CAUGGGACCGUGAAAGUAUGGCGGAUGCCGAGGAGCCGGAGAAGAAAAGAAGGCGAAUAGAAGACCUGACAGAGAAGUGAGGUAUAGGCGGCACGGUGGAUGACUGGUUAAAGCGUCAGCCUCACAGUUCUGAGGACCCGGGUUCAAUCCCCGGCCCCGCCUGUGUGGAGUUUGCAUGUUCUCCCCGUGCCUGCGUGGGUUUUCUCCGGGCACUCCGGUUUCCUCCCACAUCCCAAAAACAUGCAUGAAUUGGAGACUCCAAAUUGCCCGUAGGUGUGCAUGUGAGUGCGAAUGGUUGUUUGUUUCUAUGUGCCCUGCGAUUGGCUGGCAACCAGUUCAGGGUGUACCCCGCCUCCUGCCCGAUGACAGCUGGGAUAGGCUCCAGCACGCCCGCGACCCUAGUGAGGAAAAGCGGCUCAGAAAAUGGAUGGAUGGAGAUGAGAAUGGCUGUAGAUGGUGGUGCCUGCGACUGGGACGGCCGGUGGAAUCACGUGCGGAAGUUCCUGGAGAGACCUGGUCCAUUCACACAUCCUGAUUUCGAGCCAAGCACAGAGUCUUUGCAGUUCCUGUUGGAGACGUGCAAGAUUUUGGUGAUCGGCGCCGGUGGACUUGGCUGUGAACUGCUCAAAGAUCUGGCCUUGUCUGGGUUCCGCCUUAUUCAUGUGGUUGACAUGGACACUAUUGACUUGUCUAACCUCAAUCGGCAGUUUCUUUUCAGGCCUAAAGAUGUUGGACGACCAAAAGCAGAAGUGGCUGCUGACUUCAUUAACAGUCGCAUCCCUGGAUGUAAAGUUGUCCCUCACUUCAAAAAAAUCCAGGAAUUUGAUGAGUCCUUCUACAGGCAGUUCCACAUCAUCGUCUGUGGGCUGGACUCCAUCAUUGCCAGGCGAUGGAUGAACGGCAUGCUGAUAUCCCUCCUGAGCUACGAAGAUGGAAUACUGGAUCCCAGCUCCAUCAUCCCCCUCAUUGACGGAGGGACAGAAGGCUUUAAAGGAAAUGCUCGUGUUAUUUUACCCGGCAUGACGGCUUGCAUCGACUGCACACUCGAGCUGUACCCACCGCAGGUUCAUUUCCCCAUGUGCACGAUUGCGUCCAUGCCGAGGCUCCCUGAACAUUGCAUUGAAUAUCCAAGAAUAUUUCAGUGGCCCAAAGAAAAGCCAUUUGGAGAAACGAGUUUAGAUGGAGACAAUCCCGAGCAUAUCCAGUGGGUGUUUGACAGAGCACUCGAGCGAGCCGCACAGUUCAACAUCACAGGAGUCACAUACAGACUCACUCAAGGAGUUGUGAAGCGGAUCAUUCCUGCCGUGGCGUCGACAAAUGCCGUUAUCGCUGGGCGCUUCUUUCCUUGGCUACAUUCCGUUCCCCCGUCACAAUUCACGGAGUCACGACUCAGGGAGACCUCAGCUUUCCCCACACACAUGGAGAGUUUUGGUCCUGCCUGUGCAAGUGAAGUUUUUAAAAUCGCGACAAGUGCAUAUAUUCCUUUAAAUAAUUACCUGGUCUUUAAUGAUGUGGACGGACUCUACACUUAUAGUUUUGAAGCUGAGCGAAAGGCAAACUGUUCAGCAUGCAGUCAGGUGCCUCAAGACCUCCAGUUCCCGCCUUCCGCAAAACUACAGGAGGUCUUAGAGUACCUGACAGAGAACGCUUCCUUACAAAUGAAAUCUCCAGCGAUUACAACAACUCUGGAAGGCAAAAAUAAGACUCUGUACCUGCAGUCUGUUAAAUCAAUCGAGGAACGAACAAGGCCAAACCUCUGCAAAACAUUGAAAGAACUGGGCUUGUCGGAUGGACAGGAACUAGCGGUAGCAGACGUCACCACUCCUCAAACAGUCCUCUUCAAGCUCAAUUUUACUGCCUGAAAGCCGCUUGGAACGCAAAGCACUGAUGUGAUGUCUGACUUCCUUUGUCACAAUGUUACUGUAGCACAUCUGAUUAUGAGUGUAAAUAGGACAAGUAAAUUCUCACUAGUCAGAUAACAUGAGUAAUAUUGUUUACUUGUACGUGUGAGCCCAUUGUAGUUCUUCCCGUGCAUCCAACGAGAAUGGCCAUGUACUAUUAUCCAGGUUCUUUAUUGACACAAUAGAAGAUUUAUGGUUCAAGUUUCAUACAUUCAUUCAGGUUGCAGCAGCAGCAGAUUAGCUUUGUAUUUUUUGUCCUGAAAAAAUGGAGAAUAAUUGAGGUGUUGGCUUUUUACCCUGUUGCCUCGCAUGAGGGAGUCGAAUGGCUUAACACAUUUUGUUCACCUUUCAACUCAAGGAAAGUCACUGAAAUUAUAAAAAGUGUUCCAAUAUGGAACAAAAGUAAGUCAUUACUGGGAUGAACUUUACAGGAUAAAGCGGCUAGAUUGUAUUUAAAUAAGAGAUUUGGAGUCUGAAAUUAAAUUAGGAAUACCAUAUGUGACAAAUCAUAACUAAGGCUUUAUUUAUGGAAUACUGUAUAUACAAAGCUGAAAAACAUUUUGGUUACGUUUGAAGCAUGCUUCCCUUUGUGGAGUCUAAUUUGUUUUGAUUCUCAUACGCUCCUGGGCACCCACAAAAUAUUUCAAUACUACAGUACUGUAUUGGCAGAAGCAUCUACUUAAAUUAAAGGAACAAUGGAGAAAAUACAGAAGUUUGCUAUUUCCCAGUUUGAUUGAAGUCAUUUACAGAUUGUAACUUUUGUUUUGAAAUACCCCUUCAGAUUUUGGAUACCACUUCCUUAGGGGAAGGCUAACCGACCUGCCUAUGCGGCGGUCAUGUUGGGGAAAGCCGACAGCGCUAUCAAUACAUUUGGGGGGAAAAAACACAAAUAGUUCUUACCUGUGAAAAGUUACUUCCAGUCCCCUUGUCGUAUUUGUACAGGGUUAUACGCAGCACAAUGUACCGGCAUCCUUGGUCUUGGUUUCUUGCCAUCCACACACAUGGAAUGCGCUGAUGCCUUUGACCCUCCGAGCAUCGUCAUAGGCGCCCACCUCAAAAUGGGUGUGUCGUAUGUCGUCCUAUUCUAGCUAUGGUUGUUAAAGUCUCGGUCAGUGAUUAUCAACUGGUUACUGGUGGGUUAUGGACAGGUAGUAAAAAAUGUAUAGCAUAAUUAAAACUAUUAAAAGGGUUAGUUGCUUUGGUUUUCACCAUUCAUAAUUUCUUUUUAUUUUUUUUAAAAAGACAAACUACAGUAUCUACUACUGAUCUGUUCAACCAAUCAAAGCAUUGAUCCCGCCCACCACUACAUAAUUGGUUACUUUGACAGAUUUGGUUAAAGGGGCUCUAAACAGAUAUCCACGUUCCAUCCAUCCAUUUUCUGAGCCACUUCUCCUCACUAGGGUCGCGGGCGUGCUGGAGCCUAUCCCAGCUAUCAUCGGGCAGGAGGCGGGGUACACCCUGAACUGGUUGCCAGCCAAUCGCAGGGCACAUACAAACAAACAACCAUUCGCACUCACAUUCACACCAACGGGCAAUUUAGAGUUGUCAAUUAACCUACCAUGCAUGUUUUUUUGGGAUAUGGG